CGAUAACACAACAACAAACCACGUCCAAGUCGCGCUGUUGGCUCUGAUUUUUAUUAAAAUGUAACUUCGUUUCGUGGCCAUGGAACUGCCUCAACAAGUGCUCGACUGACAGGGAAUCAUAGGACAUCCAAGGACCUGCCUGGGAAAAACCCUGCAUGCAACAUUUCGCCGCCUGACCGAACAAUUAUGGAUACAUGAAACCUUUCACGAAGUAACGCGAACGCGAAGUCAACAUGUCAACGAACCCCAACCCCGGAGCCCCUCAGCAUGCACCGCCCUCCUCCUCCUCCGCCUCCUCGUCGAGCUCCUCCUCCUCGCAGCGCAACCUGCUCGAGUUCCUGUCCAUUUGCGUGGCCUGCAUCGCCUGCUACUACAACAGCACCCAGUGCGGCCUGGUCUUCGACGACAUCAGUGCGAUUAGGGACAACAAGGACCUCAGGCCCCACACGCCAUUGCGCAACGUCUUCCUGAACGAUUUCUGGGGCACGCCGAUGCGAAAGGAGCAGUCCCACAAGUCCUAUCGCCCGCUCACCGUGCUGACGUUCCGCUUCAACUACUUGCUGCAUGCGCUGGAGCCGUUUGGCUACCACCUCGUCAACCUGCUGCUGCACUUGUCGGUCUGCCUGCUGUGGCGUCGGGUCUGCCGGCUGCUGCUGCGCCAGUGUGCCUCGUCGUCGGGCAGUAACGCCACCUCCCAGCUCAACACAUGCGCCUUUGUGGCCUCGCUGCUCUUUGCCGUGCACCCGAUUCACACGGAGGCCGUUACUGGCGUCGUCGGGCGCGCUGAAUUGCUCUCUUCCAUCUGCUUCCUGGCCGCCUUUCUCAGCUACGCGAGGUCCGUCGGCGACCCGCGUCGCACCAAUUGGCUGGCGCUCUUCGCCUGCUUUGGCAGUUGCCUGCUGGCCUCCAUGCUGUGCAAGGAGCAGGGCAUCACCAUCGCCGGGAUUUGUGUUGUGUACGAGUUGUUCGUGGUGCACAAACUGCGGCCGCUGCAUCUGUGCCACUUGGUGCUGCGCCUCUUCGAGGAGCGCAGCGAACAGCAGUCGCCCAAGCUGGCAAAUCCCUCGGGCAUUCGAAGAUGGUCCUCUUCGACGCUGUGGAAACGCCUGAUCUUCCUUGGCGGCAUCACGCUGGCCCUGCUCGUGGGACGCGUCUACGUGAUGGGCUCCCAGCUGCCCAUCUUCACGCGCUUCGACAAUCCAGCCUCUGCAGCGGAUGCGCCCGAGAGGCAACUCACCUACGGCUACCUCAUUUACCUCAACUGCUGGCUGCUGCUGUGCCCCUCGCUGCUCUGCUGCGACUGGACAAUGGGCACCGUUCCCAUGCUGCAGGGAUUUGCGGAUGCUCGCAACUUGACCACCCUGCUCACCUUCCUUGGGCUUGGAGCCUUGGUGGCCAAAGCCUGCUUCACCCGGAAUCUGGCCCAGUCGCGAACGCUCAUCAUGUGUCUCGGCUGGAUGGUGCUGCCCUUCCUCCCAGCCUCUAAUCUGUUCUUCCCCGUGGGAUUUGUGGUGGCCGAACGCAUUUUGUACAUGCCCUCGAUGGGCUAUUGCCUGCUGGUGGCCUACGGCUUUGGGCAGCUGCAGAUUCGCGGCAGCCUGACUAAGCGACGCUUCGGCCAGGCCACUCUGGCCAUCCUGCUGCUCACGCACGCGCUGAAGACGCAUCAACGCAACGCAGACUGGCGUACAGAGUAUUCCCUCUUCAUGUCCGGCGUGCAUGUUAAUCAGCGCAACGCCAAGCUGUACAACAACGUGGGACACGCUCUGGAGAACGAGGGAAAGUUCGAGGAGGCCUUGCUCUACUUCCAGCAGGCGGUGCGCAUUCAGACCGAUGACAUCGGGGCCCACAUCAAUGUGGGACGCACGUUCAACAACCUGAAGCGCUAUGCCGAGGCGGAGCAGGCCUACGUUCAGGCCAAGUCCCUGUUUCCACAGGCCAAGCCGGGCGUCAGCUACCAUGCGCGCAUAGCGCCCAAUCACUUGAAUGUCUUCAUCAACCUGGCGAAUCUCAUAGCCAAGAAUCAGACGCGUCUGGAGGAGGCUGACCAUCUGUAUCGACAGGCCAUCAGCAUGCGGAGUGACUAUGUUCAAGCCUACAUCAACCGCGGCGACAUCCUCAUGAAGCUGAAUCGCACAGCUCAGGCACAGGAGGUGUACGAGCAGGCCUUGUUGUACGACAACGAGAAUGCGGAUAUUUACUACAACCUGGGAGUGGUUUUCCUGGAGCAGGGCAAGAGCCAGCAGGCGCAGGUGUACUUCAACAAGGCCAUCGAACUGUACCCGGAGCACGAACAGGCAUUGCUCAAUUCGGCCAUUCUGCUGCAGGAGCUGGGCGGCGAGGAGGCGCGACGGGUUUCCCGCGCCCGUCUGUACAAAGUUCUGGCCAAGGAUGAUCAGAACGAGAAGGUCUACUUCAACCUGGGCAUGCUGGCCAUGGACGAGUCGAGCUUCGAUGAGGCCGAGCAGUUCUUCAAGAGGGCCAUACACCUAAAGUCCGACUUCCGCAGUGCACUGUUUAAUUUGGCUCUGCUGCUGGCCGAUACAAAACGGCCCCUGGAUGCCGUGCCGUUCUUGAAUCAACUAAUUCGACACCACGCUUCGCAUGUGAAGGGUCUGAUUCUGCUGGGCGACAUCUACAUCAACCACAUGAAGGAUCUGGACGCAGCUGAGAAGUGCUAUCGAAGCAUUCUUCACUACGAUCCCCACAACACUCAGGGACUGCACAACCUGUGUGUGGUGUUCGUGGAGCGCAAGAGGCUGGCCAAAGCUGCUGCCUGUUUGCAGUACGCCCAGCGCUUGGCGCCCGCCGAGGACUACAUCGGUCGGCAUCUGCAGAUCGUUCAUGCACGGCUGCAGAAAAUCAACAAGUUACCUGAGACGGCGCCAGAGCGAAAGCUCGCGUACGAGGACUAUGAUCCCCUCGAGUUUAAACUGCCCCAGGAUCGACCAUCCUCGCAUAAGUCGCGUAAACGAUCGUAGCAGAAGUAAGCCAGUUAUAAGCAUGUAAAAAGACAAGAGUUGAGUUAAUGGAGCGAAAGCAUCCGCAUUCUGUGAAACAUACAGAGUCUGAUAAAGAUAACACAAAGUGAAAAAGUGGAGCAUUCCACACAAUUCCGUUGUACUUAUUA